AACCAGUCAAAUCCUAGUAUUAAUUAAACACUAAUCAGCAUUACCCCAAAAAAGGGAAGAAAGUUAGGGUUUUUGUUUUGUUUGUGCGAAUUUGGAGAGAUGACCACGCCGUUGAAGGUGUGGCAACGUUGGUCUACACCAACGAAAGCGACGAAUCCAGAUUCAAAUGGGUCUAGUCACGGAAAGGGUUUAGACAUGGUGACCCCAGUUUCGGGUCGGGUUAGUGAGAUCCAGUUUGAUGAUCCAAGAAUGUUGCCUGACAAAAUUUCAGAGCUUGAAAAAGAGCUUUUUGAGUACCAACACAAUAUGGGUCUUCUUCUGAUUGAGAAAAAGGAGUGGAGUUCCCAGUAUGAAGAGCUUCAACGGGACUUCGAAGAGGCGAAUGAGUGUCUUAAGCGGGAACGUAAUGCGCAUCUGAGUGCUAUAGCUGAUGUUGAGAAGCGAGAAGAGGGGUUGAGGAAAGCUUUAGGGAUUGAGAAGCAAUGUGCACUUGAUUUAGAGAAGGCUCUGCGGGAACUACGCGCUGAAAACGCAGAGAUUAAAUUUACAGCUGAUUCGAAGUUGACUGAGGCAAAUGCAUUGGUAAGAAGUGUUGAAGAAAAAUCUCUUGAAGUUGAGGCGAAGCUGCGUGCUGUUGAUGCUAAACUUGCUGAAGUUAGUAGAAAGAGUUCAGAGGUGGAGAGGAAGGCAAAGGAAGUGGAAGCUCGAGAAAGUUCUCUUCAAAGGGAGCGAUUUGCCUACAUUGCUGAACGAGAAGCAGACGAGGCAACUUUGUCAAAGCAGAGGGAGGACUUGCGUGAAUGGGAAAGAAAGUUGCAAGAAGGAGAAGAAAGAGUUGCUAAAUCUCAAAUGAUUGUAAAACAGAGAGAGGAUAGGGCAAAUGAAAGCGAUAAGAUUAUCAAGCAAAAGGGAAAAGAACUGGAAGAGGCACAAAAGAAGAUUGAUGCUGCUAACCUUGCUGUGAAGAAACUAGAAGACGAUGUCAGUUCGAGGAUAAAAGAUCUUGCUUUAAAGGAGCAAGAAACUGAUGUGUUGAAGAAAUCCAUAGAGACAAAAGCGCGAGAGCUACAAGCUCUGCAAGAGAAACUGGAAGCCAGAGAAAAGAUGGCAGUUCAGCAACUAAUUGAUGAACACCAAGCUAAAUUGGAUGCAACACAGCGUGAGUUUGAAUUGGAAAUGGAGCAGAAAAGAAAAUCUAUUGAUGACAGCUUGAAGAGCAAGGUUGCAGAAGUAGAAAAGAGGGAGGCCGAGUGGAAGCACAUGGAGGAAAAAGUUGCUAAGCGUGAACAGGCAUUAGAUAGGAAACUGGAGAAGCAUAAAGAAAAAGAAAACGAUUUUGAGCUAAGACUGAAAGGCAUAAGUGGCAGAGAGAAAGCCUUGAAAAGCGAGGAGAAGGCAUUGGAAGCUGAGAAGAUAAAACUACUCGAGGAUAAGGAGAUUAUUCUCAAUCUUAAAGCUUUAGUCGAGAAAGUAAGUGCUGAAAAUCAAGUACAGCUAUCAGAAAUUCACAAAGAGAAGGAGGAGCUUAGAGUUACUGAGGAAGAGAGGUCUGAGUAUCUUCGUCUGCAAACCGAAUUAAAGGAGCAAAUAGAAAAGUGCAGGUCUCAACAGGAGCUUCUUCUGAAAGAGGCUGAGGAUCUGAAGGCCCAAAGGGAAAGUUUUGAGAAAGAAUGGGAAGAACUUGAUGAGAGGAAAGCUAAGAUCGAGAACGAAUUAAAGAAUAUAACUGAUCAGAAGGAAAAACUAGAGAGACACAAUCACUUGGAAGAAGAAAGGCUGAACAAAGAAAAGCAGGCAGCAACUGAAAACUUGCAAAGGGAGCUAGAAGCUCUUGAAGUGGCAAAAGCUUCAUUUGCAGAGACUAUGGAGCAUGAGCGUUCAAUGCUCUCUAGAAAAGCUGAGAGCGAAAGAAGUCAACUGCUUCAUGAUAUUGAAAUGCGUAAAAUGAAACUCGAGUCUGAUAUGCAGACUAUACUGGAAGAAAAAGAAAGGGAGUUGCAAACGAAAGAGAAGGUAUUUGAGGAAGAGAGAGAGAAGGAAUUGAGCAAUAUUAAUUACCUAAGAGAUGUAGCCAGAAGAGAAAUGGCGGACAUGCAGAAUGAACGACACAGAAUAGAGAAAGAAAAGCUAGAAGUUGAUACUAGUAAAAAUCAUCUUGAAGAGCAGCAGACAGAAAUCAGGAAAGAUGUUGAUGACCUUGUUGCCUUAACCAAGAAACUGAAGGAACAGCGGGAACAAUUCAUUAGUGAGAGAAAUCGUUUCCUUUCUUCCAUGGAAAGUAAUAGGAACUGCAAUCCGUGCGGUGAACUGCUUUCGGAGCUCGUACUUCCUGAAAUUGAUAACCUGGAAAUACCUAAUAUGUCAAAACUGGCCAACAGUCUUGAUAACGAAGCACCAAGGCAGGAGAUGAGGGAUAUAUCACCAACUGCUGCUGGCUUAGGAUUGCCAGUUACUGGUGGGACGGUGUCAUGGUUCCGGAAAUGUACUUCAAAGAUACUUAAGUUGUCCCCAAUAAAAAUGACAGAACCCUCUGUUACUUGGAAUUUGGCUGAUCAAGAACCUCAAUCUACUGAGCAAGCUAACGUGAACAGUGGGCCAUCAACUACGCUUCAGGCAGCGACGACCUAUUCCUUUGAUGUUCAAAGGGCCGAAUCCGAAACUGGCACAAAAGAAGUCGAAGUCACCAAUGUAAACUCAGAUGGUGAUCAAAGCAACAUCAACAGCAAGGCUCAAGAAGUUGCUGCAGAUUCUUUGUCCAAUCUAGAUGUCGAUGGUCAAUCACCCUUGAAAGGGAAAGGGAAAGGGAAAGCCAGAACCAGAAGAACACGCUCUGUCAAAGAUGUUGUUGAAGAUGCUAAAGCUAUAUAUGGAGAAUCUAUAGACCUAUAUGAACCCAAUGAUUCAACAGAAAAUGUUGACGACUCUACUAAAGCAAGCACAGGUGAACCUGUUCGUUCUGAUAAAGCAAUUUCAAAGAAUGGACGGAAACGUGGGCGUGUGGGUUCUUUGAGAACUUGUACUACUGAGCAGGAUGGUAACGAGAGCGAUGGAAAGUCAGAUAGUGUCACCGGAGGAGCACAUCAGCGGAAGAGGCGCCAAAAGGUUGCAUCAGAACAACAAGGAGAAGUUGUAGGACAAAGAUAUAAUCUCCGGCGACCUAGAAGGGUAACUGGAGAAACCACGCUAAGUAAGAAGAAUGAAGAGAUUGGUGGAGUGCAACAAGACGAGGAGGUUCACUGUGCUCAAGCCACCGCCACAGCAUCAGUAGGUGUUGCUGUUAGUGAUAAUGGAGUAAACACGAAUGUAGUGCAGCAUGAAGCCACAGCAGACUCUCAGGAUACAGAUGCUGGUUCGCCCAAAAGAACAGGUGAGAGUGAGGCAAUGAGUGAAGAUGUGAACAAAACACCCCAAAGGGCUGACUCGGAUGGUGAGGAUGAUGAAUCGGAUGCAGAACAUCCCGGGAAAGUCUCCAUUGGUAAGAAGCUUUGGACUUUCUUGACGACGUAGCCCAUCAGAGAAUGUAGUUUGGCCUAUGAUGAUGAAGAACUAAUCUUCUUCUGUUGACAAUAUUAGUGUUUUGCUUCAUGAUCAUUAGCUACUUAGGAGGCUUGUGUUAAUUUCGUUUGGAUAUUUUUCACCACAAUGUAGUGUUUUCUUUCUAGCUUUCUACCACUUAGUUGCUAUCUUGUUAAAGAGAAUCUUUAAGAAUUCUCAAUUCUUUUGGUAUGUUUUAGAUGAUGAUUUAUUUAUUUUAUGAGAGUGAUCUCCUUGUAACCACAAAGUGUGUGCAUUUGAUGAUUUGAUCCAUUUUUAUGUGUUUUUGUUUGUUUUGGGAAUGAUACAAAUAGCAUAACUUGGAUGCACAAAAUUUCAACUUUCUGCUUUAAAUACUGUAAUAAUAGAUGAGAAUUAUU